AUGGUGGAAACUAAGGUGAGCUCUCUUAUCAAUCCAGAGCUGGGUGUGUGGAAAUCUGAGGAGGUUAACCGGGUUUUUCUACCUCAUGAAGCUUCUUUGGUUCGGGAUGAUCUCAGAACAGAGUUGUUCGCAACAAUUGCUUGGUGCUUGUGGAACAGACGAAAUGCUCUUCAUUUUGGUCGCCCAGCUAAUCCCAUGGCGAAUAUCAGUUCCGUUGCUAGCGCACUGGUACAGGAAUUCAUUGCUAGCCAGAUUCCAGAAAUCCCUAUCCAUCAACCUUCUGCUCAGCAUCAAUGGCGCCCUCCAAAACCAGAUGCAGUCAAAGUGAACUUCGAUGCGGCUCUCUUCAAGCGGACGAACUCAGCUGGUAUUGGCAUCAUCGCACGUGAUUGGAGAGGAGGUUCCCUUGCUGCCUUGUCCAUGCCUAUUCCGCUAUCUUCAUCAGUUGCUGAUAUGGAAGCACUGGCCUGUCUCAGAGCGGUCCAAUUAGCAGCAGAGUUGGAGUUUCAAUGCGUAAUCUUUGAAGGUGACUCGGCCACAGUCAUUUCUGCAGUAAACCAGGGGUCUUCACUACUAUCUUCCUUUGGAAAUAUUGUUGACGAUAUUCGGUAUUUACUUCCUAGUUUUUCUUCAGCUACUUUUAGUCAUGUCAACCGCACUGGUAAUUUAGUUGCGGAUGCUCUCGCAAAAAAGGCUUCUUCCAAGCCAAGUUUGGAUGAAUGCUUUACCUUCAGACAUUGCCGUUUUGGUAGACUUUGA